CAGUAUUUGUGUUCUGAGCUGAUCUCAGACCAGCGCUGGGCGUCUCCUUUACAUUACAGUGGCCGACUCCAUUUUGUGAGAAGGAAGCUUCUUGCACAGGCACACGAGAUAUUCACCGGAGAACAUUUUGAUUUGGAGAAUGAGCGGCUCUCGCAUUUUCAUCGGUCGGUUAAACCCCUCUGCUCGGGAGAAAGACGUCGAGCGUUUCUUCAAGGGGUAUGGAAGAAUAAGAGACAUUGACUUGAAAAGAGGCUUCGGAUUCGUUGAAUUUGAUGAUCCCAGAGAUGCAGAAGAUGCUGUCUAUGAGCUUGAUGGGAAAGAGCUCUGCAAUGAGAGGGUGACCAUCGAACAUGCCCGUGUCCGUCUGCGUGGGGGCCGAGGUCGUGGUGUCAGUGGAGGACGUUUCCCUGGUCGGUAUGCUCGUGGCUCCCAGGACAGCCGAAGGAACCCCCCACCAAUGCGUACUGAGAAUCGCCUCAUUGUGGAAAAUUUGUCAUCAAGAGUCAGCUGGCAGGAUUUAAAGGAUUUCAUGAGACAAGCCGGAGAGGUUACUUUUGCAGAUGCCCAUCGGCCAAAGCUUAAUGAGGGUGUGGUUGAGUUUGCUUCACAUAGUGAUCUAGAAAAUGCCCUGGAGAAGUUAUCUGGGAAGGAGAUCAAUGGAAGGAAAAUCAAGCUUGUUGAGGCAGGCAGGAAGAAAUCCAGGACUCGCUCGCGCUCAAACAGCUCAUCCCGUUCUCGUUCCCGAGGGCGCUCCCCAUCACGCUCUCGCAGCCGUUCCCGCUCCCACAGCCCCAAAUCACAUAACCGCUCCAGAAGUCACUCCCGUUCAGCUAGUACUUCUCCUGUGCGGCCCAAAGAAGCCAAGGGUGUGUCACGCGCUGAAUCAGCAUCACCGCCGACCCCAGCACAGCGCCCCCCACUGUCCCGGUCCCCAUCCACUGACAGUCGUCAUUAGACGCAACUGUUCUUAGUGCUUAGAGAUACUUAUUUGGUCAAACACUGCAAGAGGUUGUUUAAGUAAAGUCAGCCUCUCUCCAUGACAAGCAGGGGCUCAAUUACUGGUUUAAAGAUAUUUGACUGAGAUAACUUGUCAUCUUAAGUCAGAACUAUACAGCUUUUUUUAUGUGGGUUUUAUUAUUUUUAUUAUUUAAUUACAUGUCAGAAAUGAGUACUUCUGGAUUUUAUUUUUAAUCACUACAGGGUGAGGUUUGCUGUUUUAUGAAUAAUUAUUUUGUAUGUUUUAUUACGACCGACAAACAAAGAGAGCUUGAUGAAGCUGAAAGUAACGUGCUGGAGUUUAGAGUGAAAGUAGAUUUUCCAGCUUGAGUGUGUAAAUACAGAUACAAAAUGAGGAAGGCUAGAAUACUUUGAGCCAUUUUAAUUCCAACAAAUUUAAUUAAAUAACCUUAAUCAUACCAAAAAACAGCUUAUGCUCUUCGUGCUAGUUAACUACUUGUUCAAGGGUAUCAGCAAAUAUUUGUAUUUUUGUUUCUUCAGGAUUGUGAGAAUUGUUUGUAACUUGGUUGUUUGACACAAUCUCACUCGGCUCUUGACAGCCAUAAUCUGUACUUAGCUGUUAAGAGUCAAAGAAGUAUCCGAGUUCCCUCCAUGCUGCAUGAGUAAAGAGCUUGUGUAACAAAUGCAAAAAUAUUUGUAAAAGCCCCUGUAUCAUACAUAAAACUAAUCUUAUAUACAGUAUGUAUUUAAUUUCUGAUUGUGUAUACACAUUUAAAUGUUGACUUUUGUUUGUGUGAGUAAAUUGCUUUUUUUGCACACAUUUUCUCAUUCUUUUAUUCAAAAUGGGAUUGUUAUUAUGAAUAAGAAUUCCAUAUGCUUUUCAUAUUUUCAUAUGCCGUUGUAUUAGUAAAAUGUUUGCUCAUGAUUUUGGGGGUGAUUUUUUUUUUUUUUUUUUUUUUUUGUGAAAAUCAGAUAAUUUUGAAUCAAGGACUGGUAUUGUCUUGACGUGAUUUGAUGCAUGUUUUUCAUUUAUUACUAUACAAGUUACCCUUUUUAUAUCAUGAUACAAAUAUUACUCACGAAAAUGUGUUUUUUAUUAUGUAAUUUACAAUUAAAUUCUUGAGCAACUAAAUUUUUACCUAAAUGAGAAAUAUGAAGAAUGUGUGUGUGUGAGAACGUGUGCAAGUGUGGGGAGAUGAGGGAGCUUAUCAACCAAAAUUGUAAUAAAUG